ACAAUUACGUUAUCGCUAGUAACCUACAAAAAAAUUUAAAAUCUUCUAGGUGACAAUUGAAUUGCUAUACUUAUUAGGAGAAGUACAAAAUAAUAGUGUCAGAUGAUAACGUAAGUAUAUGUUGAAUAUGUCGUAGGCUCUAUUAGCUAAGGGUUGUUUAAAGCCAGUACAAAGCACUGGUGACAGUAUCAGAAGAAUUAGAACACAAACAACAGCUCAAGGAAACAAGGAACAGAUGAGUAGGAAUUACACACCGGUAUGUUGAUCACUUCAUCUCUUAACCAACCAAGAGAAUUGUAGAUAAGAAGUCCUUACCAACUUCUUUCCAAGAGGGGUGUUCUCGGACGCAGGGCAGUAACUUAUAUUCAGAAGGGGGCACUCUUCAAAUUUAAUGGUUGGGCUCUGACAUCCUGUACGAGACUGGGAUUCGAACAAGCAACUGAGUGAAGUUGCAACUACCUUUUCUGCCUCUUUGUACCCAAUUGCAAGCCGUGUGGCAUAAUCAUUAGCUACAUGUUGCUUUUCUGUCCCAGCAACAGCAUCAUGAUGCUGGGCAAUUGCUAGUGCAUCUGCCAAUAAGUCGGUCUUAGGACCAAGCUUACUCUUUCCAUUGAAAAACUCUAGUUGCCUUGCAGCCAAGUAAUAGCCACUCAUCACUCUGACAUAGCGUUUCAAGGCUGGUCGACUCGUAAAGUAUCCUGUCCAGAAACCAUUUGCACGGUCUGCAUAGGGGAAAAAGUCUUCGGUCUUUAGUGGCCAUGCCUCAUUUGCAGAAUGCUUGGCAUCAGUAUAUAUGGAUGGGGUAGAGUAGAGAACAUUUACACGUCCAUCCUGUUCACAUAGUGAAUCAGCUUGUCCAUCUGGCGAAACCAAGAGUUUGCAUACUGAUACUUGAAAUCUGUUCCCAUAGUAAACAUAACAUGGUUUCCUCGAGUAAUGUUCGCCUGCCAUAUGGCAGCAGCAACGAAGUCAUUUACUCGAUCCGGAACAUUAUAAUCAAACAAAUUGAUGUCAUCCUUAACUACAGGGGAGGGAUCAUUAACUUCAAAGUAGAAAUCACCAGGUGGAGGCUCAUAGUUUGUUGGGAAUGCACCAGCAAAAAUCUUUGAUGCAGGAAGACUCUUGGAACCCUGCCACACCGUUUCGAGACUCUUCUCACCCUUACGUUUUUCCCUGUCCUGGUAAUCUAUCCGGCCAAAGAAAAAGGAGUCGAAACCAACCUACAACUCCCAGCAAGUAUGCCUGGACUGCAGAAUGUCCAAAAGGGUCGAUUUGCCAACCAAUCCUUGGUGUCACACCAAAUUCCCUUUUGAUGAACCUGUGUCCAAGAGUCGUUUGGUCAACCAUAUCAAUGUAAUGGGUCACCGCCUCAUCAUGCAUGCACAUUCCCCCAUUUAUGAAUUCUAGCUGCCCCGACGACACAAGCUGCUUGACUACGUGCUUCAUCGUUUCACUCUGCUCGUUCCACCAUCUUUCGAAAAAUGCCUACAUUGUCAACGUAGAUGAACUUGCGAUUCUUGUCAGCCAGCAAUGCCGGAAUCAGAGAAUCCAAAACGUUCUGCACGCAGGCACCCUGAAUUGUUGGAGCCAACAUAGUACUGGUCAACGGUCUUCAACCACCCAACAUCGUCGUGGGUAUGGGGAAUCAGGUGAACAUUAAGCUUCCCAGGAACUAUUCCUUGUGAAGUGUUGUAAACCAUGAAUUUGGAUUCCCCGCAUGGAAUCGAUAGCAGAAUCGUGCAAAAAAGAGCAGUGGAGAACAACCAUGGCUUCAUUCUAAAGCUCAAUCUCCUUCUCCGUCGAGAAAUACACACACAGCGGCUGCAGUAGAAGUAGACUGACGGAGGUAUAUAUAGCAAUUCACGCCAUGGAAAUAGGUUUCAGUGAGGGAAUAAAGGAGUCCAGUGAGUCACUGUCUAUUAUUGGAAUAGAAAAUUGCCAUUCUUUUGAUGGAUAAGGCCGAUGACUCGAGAUUUUGUCAACUUGUGCUUCUUUUGCAGGGGAUGCUGGAGCAACCUUCGAUGCAUGGUUUCAACCGGCACCGGGCAACCCGCCGGGUUUUAACUGGCUAGCGGAGCAUCCGGGCCAGACAGAAAAGGGCAACGGGAAACCAUGCCGUUGGCUUGCGGCGAUCAGGGGCUUACAGCUUACUUCGCCAGUCAAGUAUAACUGGCGAGUAAGAAAAAUGGCGGCGAAAGCACGGAGGAGGUGGUAUCAGCAAUAUUGGAGAUAUGAGUAAAAUAUAUCGCAUUAUUGCGUGAUAUAAUGGCGAGUUAUUAGUGUCUUUGUAGUUUCCACUUUCCCCUCCUUUUCCUUCUUCCCUUUUUCUCCGAUUUAGCUUUGAACUUCCUUUCUCUCUCGCCUCAAGGAAAUAAAAAAUGCUAAAACCCAGGCCUUAGGUUUUAGUAUCCCGCCAUGUCUUCCUUCUUCCCUCCACCUUCUUUGCUCCCUCGUCCGUCCACUGCUUCACUCUCCGGCACAGCUACUAGUAGAUGCGACAGCGUCAUGCCCUUCAAGAUGCUCGGAAGUUCACUCUGGAUAGUUUCCUUGCUUAUCAUUGCGGCGGAGACAGCGUCGUCCUGGUCGCCGUCGCCGAUGGCCAGCUCCGGCCCUCACAUUGGUGAUGUCAACAUACUGCUCCCUCCUAAGAUGACGUACUCUGUGGAUUACCGGCUUCAAGGAUAUGAUGGCUGCUUCAAAUGGUCAUGGGAUCAUCGUGAUAUACUCUCUGUUGUACCUGAAUAUAAUGCAAGUAGCCACUGCUCGACAAGCGCGAUGUUGAGCUCCAUUGCCCCCUUUAGUGGUCGGAAGGAGACUGCAGUUUAUGCUACUGAUAUACAAACUGGGGUUGUAAUUCGCUGCAAAGUUUUCAUUGACAAAAUCUCCAGGAUUCAGAUCUUUCAUAAUUCCAUUAAACUGGAUCUAGAUGGACUUGCCACUCUUCGAGUUCACGCAUUUGAUAGUGAAGAUAAUGUGUUUUCAUCCUUAGUUGGCUUACAAUUCAUGUGGCAACUAGUACCUGAAGGUCCGGGGCCUCAUCACCUAGUUCAUGUUCCUCUCAAGCAUUCUCCUUUGAGCGACUGUGGUGGAUUGUGUGCAGCCUUAAACUUCAGGAUAAAGCUUGAAGAUGAUGGUGUAUUCUCAGAUCUGUGCGUUGUCAAAGGGACUGGGAUUGGACGUGAGACUGUAUCUGUACAGAUGCGUGAACCACAGUUUGAGCGCAUGAGUGAUAGGAUAGUACUAACUGUUGCAGAAGCCAUGUCAGUCGAGCCCCCUUCUCCUGUCUAUGUUCUGGUUGGUGCUGCUUUACAAUACACUCUUAAAGUCAUCAGAGGAAAUGUUCCACAAGUUGUAGCAUUACCAUCUCUACAUCAUCACUGGUCUGUCUCAAACUCCUCAGUUGCUGAAGUAGAUCCAAUGCAGGGUUCUGCUCAUGCUCUGAAUUUGGGAAUAACGGCUGUUGCUGUUAAAGAUACUAGAGUUGCUGGCCAUGUACAGAUUUCCUCACUGUAUGUGGUGGUACCAGAAAGCUUACAUCUGUAUAUAGUGCCACUCUCUAUUUCUGGCGACCCGAUGGAAGGAGUUCAACCUGUUGCUUCUGGGGCUACAUGGUACGUGGUUAUUGGUCAUUGUUACCUUAUCAAAGUCAAAGUUUUCUCUGGCGGGCCUGAUGCACAAGAGAUCUACAUCACAGAGAAAGAUAAUGUUAGACUGUUGGAUGAACCAACUGAUUACUGGAAAUCAUUGCCGCCAUCAGCUGCUAAUGUUGUCGAACAUGGCUGGUGGAAUUAUAGAGUCAUCAACGUAACCUCUCUGGGUCUUGGAAAAUUAGCAGCAUCUUUGAUUUAUUUCCAUGGGCAUCAGGAAAGAGAGCAGGUUCUGAAAGUUGAGCAAGAAAUUGUCGUUUGUGAUCACGUAAAAUUUCUUCUGGAUGGUAACACAACAUCUCAAGUUGUCCACCUUCCAUGGGCUCCUGCAGUUUACCAAGAGGUGGAGCUGAAGGCUGCGGGAGGUUGUGCAAAAGCAUCAGCUGACUACAAAUGGUACUCAUCAGAUGCUUCUACUGUGUCAAUUUCAACUUCAGGGAUCAUCCUGGCUAUGAAGCCUGGUAAAGCUACUGUGAAAGUAGUUUCUGGAUUUGAUCCCUUCAAUUAUGAUGAGGUGUUGAUCGAAGUUUCUUUGCCUUCAUCUAUGAUUAUGCUGCCAAACUUCCCUGUGGAGACUGUUGUGGGGUCACAUCUUCAAGCUGCAGUGACAUUAAAAUCGUCAAAUGGUGCCUAUUUCUACAAAUGCGAUGCUUUUCGUACUUUUGUGAAUUGGAGAACUGGAAGCGAGUCUUUUGUUGCCCUAAAUGCUACAGAGGAAUCACUUGCUGUCCAAAAGCUAGCAAAAGCUGGCCAUGGGUAUGUGAGUGGUCCACCUUGUUCAUGGACUAAGGUUUAUGCAUCUGGUUCUGGUCAGACGCUGCUUCAGGCUAUUCUAUCCAAGGAAUACCACAGCUUUGAUCAUCACUUCCAUGGACCUAUUGUCUUGAAGGCCUCAUCACGAAUUGCAUCAUAUCCACCACUUAUCCUGGGUCAGUUAGGUGAUGGGAACCAAUAUGGAGGUUAUUCUUAUGAAGGAACAGAUGAUGAAAUAGAAAAUUUGGAGAAGUUAUAUCUUGUUCCAGGAACAAGUUUGGAUGUCAUGCUUCUUGGAGGUCCCAAACAGUGGGGCACUAGUGUUGAGUUCAUUGAAACUGUUGAACUGCUGGACGACGAGACUGUUAAGAAUAAAGUUGGCCUUCAAGUGCAUCAACUUACUGGCAGCUACAGGAGUACGUACCGAAUUUUGUGCUCAAGUCAUGAGGCCUAUAAAUUGGUUUUCAGACGUGGGAAUUUGGCAGGAGAUGAGCAUCCGGUGCCCACUGUUGCAGAAGUUACACUGUCUAUUACAUGCGGCAUUCCAUUUUCCAUUGCACUUAUCAUUGAUGAACCUGUUAAUGAACGUGAUCUUGUAAGGACUGUGGCUGCUGCUGAACGUAGCACAGGACACAUUCAAAUCACCCCUAUAACAGUGGCGAAUGGUCAAACUGUCAGAGUUUCUGCUGUUGGCAUUGCAACUCUAGGGGAAGCUUUUGCAAACUCAUCUUCUCUUUAUCUGAAAUGGGAAUUGAUGGGCUGUGAAGGCCUAGCAUACUGGAAUUAUGCUUAUGAAUCAAAGAGUUCUAAGUCCAGUUGGGAGAGGUUCUUGGUCCUGCAAAAUGAAUCAGGACAGUGCAUUAUCCGUGCUACUGUUAUUGGCUUCAGCAAACCAAUAAACAGUCAAUAUUCUGCUGAGCUGGCAGACAAAUCUUUGACAGAUGCUAUUCAGUUGCAGCUUGUGUCGACACUGAGGCUGACUCCAGAAUUCAACUUGUUAUAUAUGAAUCCUGAUGCAAAGGCCAAUCUUUCAAUUUUUGGGGGCAGUUGCCUCUUAAAAGCUUCUGCUAAUGACUCUCAAGUGGUGGAGGUUCUUGAAUCUCCACCUGGUCUGCAAUGUCUGCAAUUGACAAUCGCUCCUAAAGAGCAAGGGUUUGCAAAUGUGACAGUUUAUGACGUUGGACUUGUCGUUCCAGUUGCAGCUUCUGCUGUGGUCCAAGUUGCUGAUCUGGAGUGGAUUAAGAUUAUGUCCGGAGAUAAAAUAAGCCUCAUGGAAGGACAGUCUCAUUCCUUAAACUUAAUGUCUGGGAUUAACAACGGGAGAAUUUUUGACUCGUCUCAGUAUGCAUUCAUGGAGAUGGUAGUGCAUAUUGAGGAUGAUGUGGUGGAAGCUGUAGAUAAUGGCAAUAUUGGAAGUUCUUGUUCCUCCUAUCUUACCACUCCUGACUUCAAGAUCAUUGGAAAACGGCUUGGCUUCACGAAUCUUUAUGUCAGUGCUAGACAGAAUUCUGGAAAUGAAAUAUCCAGUCAACUGGUAAAAGUAGAAGUAUUUGCACCUCUGAAAAUUCACCCAGAAGAAAUUUUCCUCGUUCCUGGGGCAUCUUAUAUGCUCAAUGUGGAAGGUGGCCCAACAAUCGGACAGUAUGUGGAAUUUGCUUCUGAGGAUGAACAAAUAGCAACAGUUGACAAAGCCUCUGGACGUCUUUCUGCAAUUUCUCCUGGCAACACUACAAUAAUUUCUACUGUUCAUGGACCUGAAGAUAUAAUUUGUAAAGCAUCAGCUCUUGUGAAAGUGGGAGUGCCUUCUUUGGCAACGUUACAUGCGCAAAGUGAACAACUUGAUGUUGGUAGGCAAUCGCCAAUAUAUCCUUUAUUUGAAGAGGGCAAUUUGUUUUCCUUUUAUGAGCUUUGCAAAGGGUACAAAUGGACUAUAGAUGACGGAAAGGUGAUCGACUUCUACAAGUUGGAAAAACCCCUUGGUGAUAAAAACUGGUCCCCGUUGGAUGAUGAGAAAGAACCUGAUUUUAUGAAAGUCGUGUACGGAAGGUCUGCCGGCAGGACAACUGUUGCAGUAACAUUCUCGUGUGACUUCGUUUCUAGUUCAUAUUCACAAUCUAGACUGUAUGAUGCCUCUGUGUCAUUGCUGGUUGUGCCUGAUCUCCGGCUCACGCCUGGAGUUCCAACAGCAUGGGUUCUUCCUCCUCAUUAUGUUACCUCUGCUCUUCUGACUUCAUCUUCUGAAUCACGUGGCCAGAGGGAUAGUCACAGUAAAAAAGGAACGAUUGCCUAUUCCUUGUUGAGGAUCUGUGGUGAAAGGAAUGAAAUCAUACAAGAUGGCAUUAUUAUUGAAGGAGAGAAGAUAAGAACAACGGAGAGUAACAAUGUUGGAUGCAUACAGGCAAAAGAUCGAAUAACUGGGAAGACUGACAUUGCCUGCUGCAUCAGAGUUGCUGAGGUAGCUCAAAUCAGAAUCACAAAUGAGGAGUUUCAAUACCGUGCAAUUUAUCUUCCAGUUGGUGCUGAACUUGAUCUUCCCGUAACAUACUUUGAUGCCUUAGCCAAUCUCUCUAUCAAUUCCAAGCAUUUAGUUUUACAGGCCUCAAGUUUCUGGCACUAUUUCUUUGAAAGUUUAUUCAUCAUUUCUUCUUCUUCUUCUUCUUUUUGCUUGAAGGCUAUGCAACCUGGUCGGGCUCUUUUACGGGUAUCACUCGCUAGCAAUCAACAGAAGUCGGACUAUGUUCUGCUCACUUCAUGUGAGGAAUUAGCAAAACACUUCCUGCUUUCUAGACGACUAAUGAAGAUAUUCUGCUUUGUUGUAGGUGUUAAUGACUGGUCGUCUGGCCGCUGGCUUAGUGCCAAUAAUAGUGUCGUAGAUAUUGAUAGUUCUGGAAAAGCUGUAGGGGUUGGUGUAGGGUCCACUCAAGUAACGUUUGAGUGCCAUCCAAUGAAAGUACAAACAGAGGUCACGGUGCUAUCAGGAAAUGUUGUUUCUGUUAAUCCUCCUGAAGAGUUGCUGACGAAUGUUCCAUACCCAACGAAAGGAUACAGCUUCCCUGUUAAAUUCAGUGGUGUACAGCAAAAGUCUGAAUCUAGUGGAAGUAGCAAAGAAGUACAAUUUGACUGCAAAGUGGAUCCACCUUAUAUCGGAUAUGUAAAGCCACGGGUGGAUGCAGACUCUGGAAAUCUGUUCUGUGUCUUCUUCCCUUACCCCCCAGAACAUUUGACACGUUCAGCUCCCAGGUCAAAGGAUAUAAGACCAUAUAUAUCUCUUACCAUUUACGUUUCACUCAAAGAGAGCAACCAGGUUUCUGGAUCGGCAUCUGCGCUUUUCGCUGGGGGUUUUUCUGUACCAGAGAUGGACAUGGGUUCUAUGGAGGUGAAUCUAACACCAGACUCCAACACGACAACUAUAACCAUCUUGGGGAACACAGGUAUUGAAAUUGACUGGCACGAAAAGGAUGCCAUUGAGGUCAACCUUCUCGACGAGGAAGAUUUCGGGGUUGGUGGCCGUGCUUCCUACGAGCUGAAAGUGUCAGGACCAAACAGAGUGAAGGACCACAUUCGAAUCUCACUCCCAACCAAUGGUCAAGAAAUGUUAAUUGACGUGAACUACGAACCUGGUCCAAAACCAGCAGUCGAGAAAACCCCUGCCAGCCUCACGUUGCGAUCAGUCAUAGCUGGGGCCCUCAUUUUGGUUACUUCGGUAGCAGCCAUUCUGAUAAUCAAGGGGGAAGUGUCCAGCAGAACUCGAGCACCAUCACCACCAUCGUCGAUACCUCCAACUAAUGGCACUGCAAACGCUCCUCCUCCUGGGACUCCCGAUCGUGGGAGUGGCUCUAAGUUUACAGAACAGUCGCCAAGAACGCCUCAGCCUUACAUAGACUACGUGAGGCAGACUAUCGACGAGACCCCGUUUUAUCGGAGAGACGGUAGGAGGAGGUUUAACCCUCAGAACACUUACUAGGUCCGGUUGGCCUCGCUUUAGAACUCUGCUUCUUGGUUUCAUUUUUUGGAGGCGGAAAAAAAAUAUUCCAGGUGUAAAUAUCAGAGUGAGAUGUAUGAAACCUCUCCUCGAACAAUUGAUCUUGAUGGAUUUAUCAGUUAGAUGCACUUCUAGAAGUAGAUUCGGGAAACAACAGAAUGCUAUCAAUUCAUAUUAGGUUGAAUUAAGCUGAUGGAUUAUGGUAUGUAGAUUUUGUGAGACUCUCGUACAAUCGUACUUAAAUGAGAAAGUUGAUUGAUAAUAGGUUUGUGAAUCUUCGCUAAUGAGUUAUAAUUUAGAAACUCAUAAAGUUCUUUAAUUUAUAUGAGCAU